AGAGAAAUGGUCCAAAAAGAAAAGCGAUAAUAGCCAGCCAGUAUCGCUAUUGCAUGAAGAAUUAUUAUUCCAUGGUGCAAAAUCAUCGUUCCGAUAUUCUUAAGUCAAUUUUAUAAUUUAAAAAUAAGGUGAAUAACAAGUAUGAGUACCAUUUUAGAGAAAAUUGCUGCCAUUGAAGCAGAGAUGGCAAGAACGCAAAAAAAUAAAGCCACUUCAGCACAUUUGGGUUUAUUAAAGGCCAAAUUAGCGAAACUGAGGCGUGAGCUGAUUUCUCCGAAAGGCGGCGGUGGAGGAGCGGGUGGUGAAGGUUUCGAAGUGGCUAAAACCGGCGAUGCUCGAGUGGGGUUUGUGGGCUUUCCUUCGGUGGGGAAGUCAACUUUACUAUCCAAUCUUGCCGGUGUUUAUUCGGAGGUAGCCGCCUAUGAGUUUACAACUUUGACAACGGUGCCAGGAUGUAUUAAAUACAAAGGUGCUAAAAUACAAUUACUAGAUUUACCUGGUAUUAUUGAAGGUGCUAAGGAUGGCAAAGGUCGCGGUCGACAAGUUAUAGCAGUUGCUCGCACGUGCAAUUUGAUAUUUAUGGUUUUGGAUUGUCUCAAACCUUUGGCCCAUAAAAAGUUAUUAGAACAUGAAUUGGAAGGCUUUGGCAUACGUUUGAACAAAAAGCCUCCAAAUAUUUAUUUCAAGCGCAAAGAUAAGGGAGGUGUUAACUUAAAUUGUAUGGUUCCUCAGUCCGAAUUGGAUCCCGAGUUGGUAAAAACUAUUUUAGCGGAAUAUAAAAUACACAAUGCCGAUAUAACGUUGCGCUACGACGCCACCAGUGACGACUUUAUAGAUGUCAUUGAAGGCAAUCGCAUUUAUAUACCUUGCAUAUAUUUACUGAACAAAAUCGAUCAAAUUUCUAUAGAAGAAUUGGAUGUUAUCUAUAAGAUACCACAUUGUGUACCUAUUUCAGCACAUCAUCGUUGGAAUUUUGACGAUUUGCUUGAAAUGAUGUGGGAUUAUUUAAAAUUAGUGCGCAUUUACACUAAACCUAAAGGUCAACUGCCAGAUUACAAUUCUCCAAUUGUGUUGCAUAAUGAGCGUACUAGCAUACAGGAUUUCUGCAAUAAAUUACAUCGCUCCAUAGCCAAGGAAUUUAAAUAUGCGUUGGUUUGGGGCUCUUCAGUAAAGCACCAACCUCAAAAGGUGGGCAUUGAUCACAUACUUAACGAUGAGGACGUUGUGCAAAUUGUUAAAAAGGUCUAAAAAUCUUAACACACUUUAUUAAUAGUCGUUGUAAAUAAAUCAAGUGGCAUUAUUAAUCGUCUUGUUGGAAGGAAAAAUGUAUUAGUUUUUGAAGAACAACCAUGACCUUUCACGACGAACAAAACUUUUAUGCUCCUCCAAUCGCUUUAGCAUCUUACUGUAAAUACUUCAGAGCAGAAGGGAGCCAUCGUUGAACAACUUGAUCUUGUAAAGCCCCUUGUCCAAGUUUUGUAAAUUUAGCUAACGUAAUAAACGAUCUUUAAGCUCCGUACGCACGCUGGUUGCAUU